AUGGUACAGGUGGUAAAUCCUGCUUCGGCUCUUCAGUCUGUCGCACCUCCACUGGCGCCGUUAGGUCAGCUGCAGGGUCCUCAGCUGCACCAGUCGUCGUUAUGCCAGGCUACGGCUCCGAACUUUCUGCCAUUGCCUCUCAUACACACCACGGCUUUGGCUUGUGGACCACAGCGCCGCCGCAGAAGGAAGAGCAUCAGCUCCUGUUUUAACAAAAGCCAGGCUGAGGCCCACUAUAAAGGAAACCGGCAUGCACGACGGGUCAAAGGGAUCGAGACCUCCAAAUGCCGUCCAAAGGACGGCGAGAAGUCCAAGUCUACUACCUCUUCCUCCACCUCAAACCCUGUGACAAGUCACCCAAGCAGCAAGAUGGACCCAGUCCGACCAGAUGACCAGCAGCCACUCCAGAGGCAGAACGGACCUUCACUGGCCCCCCCUCCACUUGCAAUGGCCACAGGUCCACAAGACUCAUCCAGCAUCGCUCCUCUCCCCUUGAUACCAGCAUCCAGAGUAAGUGGCACCAUCACAGUGCCUACACACCCAUUGGUCAAAGCACCACACUCAGACUUCAAUGUUGGCAUCACCAACGGUACCCUCGGCCCCACCAGCUCUUCUUCUCCUGCCACCAGCCCUGAAUCUGAAGAGGAUAAAGCCAAGAAACUGCUCUACUGCUCCCUGUGCAAAGUGGCGGUCAACUCUCUGUCUCAGCUGGAGGCGCAUAACAAGGGUACCAAACACAAAACAAUUCUAGAGGCCCGUAGUGGGCUGGGGCCCAUCAAGGCAUACCCUCGGCUGGGCCCGAAAUUGACCUCUGAACAGGGAGGUGGGACCUCCGACCCCAACGCUCAGGAGAGGACCUUCCACUGUGAGAUCUGCAAUGUCCGUGUCAAUUCUGAGGUGCAGCUCAAACAGCACAUUUCAAGUCGCCGACAUCGUGAUGGCGUUGCAGGGAAACCGAACCCUCUUCUCAGUCGGCAUAAGAAGCAAAGAACAGGUGAUGUUACGUCCGCACUGUCGUUCCCAAAGGACCUCCCGAAGGCUCUGGGUGCCGGACUGCUCCCCAGUCCUCUGGCUGUUGCCGCGGCGAUGGCGGCCGCUGCCUCCUCUUCUCCACUGGCUCUGCGGGCUCCACACCCCCCCACCACCCACCUCCUGCAGGGACCACCCCUUACCCACACCCUCCUAAGGCCUGCCCCCGGGCCCAUCCGCACGUCACAUGGGCCCAUCCUGUUUUCACCCUACUGAUGACAGCGGCAGCAGCGACGGUGGCGGUGGCGGCAGCAGCACUUCCAAAAAAAAAAAGCACACUGUGAAACAUCUCAAAAAAAAAAAAAAUUAAUAAUAAUAAUAAUGUAUUUAAGAAGAAGAAGAAGAGCAAUGCAGGAAUAAGCGAGCUUCAUUCCACAGCCAUUCAUCGCCGAGGACACUCUACUCCCCUCCACAGCCACUGCUGCUCCUUAACACCAAUAAUGGCUGGACGUGGUGGAAUUUGGAGGGUGGUGGGGGGGUGCGCACUGUAAAGUAAAUAAACCGCAUGCUCGCAACCACCGGAGGAAAGCCAUUUAUCUUCAGAAGCCGACCUCAACCUUGUGGACAAUCACUGCAGGGGGCGGCCUCAAUGACCACCUAGCAGCAGAAAAGAGGACACUGGCGAAACGGGUCUCAGGGGCCACAAGAAAUGUCCCCUUCCAAGGUUCCUGGUUUGUGACCCACAUCCCAUGAGUCUUAGCCUUCCCUCCUUGUCAAGUCUUCUUGUGGACCCCCCAGACUCCUGCAAGGAGGUGUGAAAACUCAGCAAAGGAUAUUUUUUUGUAUUGGACAUGAUGCUGCAUGUGGUGGUGAUGAGGGGGGUCAACACCCCAGACUCACUGUAAAAUAGAAACCCAUUUAUGCACUAAAGGACAGAAAGUAGCAGUUUGGAGCGGCCAAUCGCCAAGCGGCUCAUCAGCAAUACCACAACACACACUAUUCACUUUAAGAGAUCUUAACUCCAUAGGUACCCGGGAAGCUGGCAGAGGGUCAAGCCACCGGGCUAGGGACAGGCGCAUCAUGACAAAUCUAUGAUUAGAAGUCAAGUGGGUGGGUUGAAGGUGUCUCCGGGCCAAGGAGAACAGUUCACACCUAGCAGGGACACCUUGGACCCCCACUUUCUCUCCCAUUUCCAUUUUUCCUGUCCACUGUCUUGUAGUGAAUACAACUAAACUGGCCACACGGUAGAGGAGACACCAGAGGAGGAGAGAAAUGUAUGUUGGAAUCAUCAAGUCAACGAGAACCUGCAUGGACUUUAUGAGCCUCGGGACCACAGCGUGGUGAUGGUCACGCUUACAGGUCACAUCUCGGUCACAUAGGAGGAGAAACAAAUCACAACUGGGGAUCCAUGUUGAGUAAUGCUGGGAGAAACUCUUAACCAGAAGUAGAUUCCAUCACAGAACCAUAGGAGGAAACACUUCCUAGUUAACAGCACUGACAAAUCAGCUUCAUCAAAGAAACUGGAAAUGUUUCCAGGAAGUUCUUCAUUGGGGACAACUGAAGUGGAAACAGCCAGUGAGGCACAGAAGAAGGAAAGCAUUUCCCACCUAAUUCUGGGUCACACAAAACAGGAACUGGGAAAUGACUUGGGAAAAUGGAAGUGGAAGCAGCUAGAGGGAAACGGAACAAGAAAUGUACCUCAGUUACUCCGGAGUCAUACCAAAACAGAUGGGAAAGGACUUGGGGGAAAUGGAAUGGAAGCAGAACAAAGAAAUGGCAUCCCAGUUAAUGCAGAGUCGCAGCAGCUAUAAGGAGACAGAAACAGGAAAUGACUUGUUAACAGUGAAGUGGAACCAACUAAAGGGAAAAAGAAUGAGAAAUGCAUCCCAGUUAAUAAUGAGUCGCACCAAAGAAGAAACGGGGAAAUGAUUUGGAAAAACUGAAGUGGAAACAACUAGAGAUAAAAAAAACAAGAAAUGCACUCCCAUUUAUCCAGAGUCACACCAGACUAGAAAUGGGAAAUGACAACUGAAGUGGAAACUGUUAUAGAGAAACGGUGGAUGAAAUAUGGCCCAAUUAAUCUGGAGUCACACCACUUGUGAAGAGUCCAGAAAUGGGAAAUCACGUCCAGGUGUUUGCACGUCAGGAAAACAGGGAAAGGGACGUACAGUUGAACCUCAUUCAUGUGAGGAAAAACAAGAGGAUGCCUGUCCCACAUAUUCAGGAAACUCUUCCUAGUUACAAGUCUUCAGAUAAGCUGAGAGGAAACAGGAAACAGCAAAAUGAAAAAAAGGGACUUAGUCUUCAUGGAGCAUCAUGGGAGAGAGGAAGCACUUCCUAGUUCCUUCAUAUACUAAACAAACUGAACAAUUUAGGAAAGUAAAUGAACCCCAGCUAGACCUUACUGAAUACCAGGAAACAAGUGCAGAGAGGAAGCACUUCCCAGUUACACAUCAGUCAGAUCACCUCUAAAAACAGGAAUGGACUCCCAUUUAAAAAUCUGUUGUUAAAAAAAAAAAGCUGGUGGGAAAUGUGUUAGGAAGCUUUUCCUACUUUUGACGUCUUCGGGCAAACUUGGUCUUCAGUCCCUCCAGCUUUAAGGAGACAAGAAAGGGGGAAUGAAUUCCAGUGUAUGCACGUCACGAAAACCAGAAAAGAGAAAUAUUUUACAGCUGUGCCUCAGUCAUAUACGGAAAAGGAGAGGACAUAUGUCCUAGGUGCAUACGUAGAAACAUCCCACUUGCUGUGGAGACUACAAGUGAGCAGAUGGGCUAAAGGGAAACAUGAAACAGUUAAAUCCAAAAGAAAGGCCAAAUGAAGAGGAAAACAAGAGUCCUACACAUAAUGGAUAGAAUCCACAUAUAACGAAACAGGAGAGGAAACUCCCAGCUCCCUCUUAUUCUUAAAUAAAGAAAGAAAGAAAGAAAGAAAAUGAAUCCCACUUACAAAUCAGUAAAUAUGACUAGUGAAACACUUCCCAGUUACCCCACAAAUAAGUGAAGUACCUCAUCAUUUAGGAAAAAUGUAAAAGACAGACAUGAAAAAUGCUAACUAGUGGGAAGCAGAAGAAGAAAUGCAUACCAGUUAAUCCAGGUGACAAGACACGGGAAAUGAUUUCAGGGAAACUGGGAAAGGAAACACAUUACAGUAUAGGGAAACAGGAGAUGACAUAUGUCCUGAGUACAAGUCAAGGAAGCUCUUCCAUCACUAUGAGUCAGCAGAUCAGCUCCUUGGAAGUGCCAACAGAAAAGGGAAAUGAAGAAGGAAAUGAUUUCCACAAAAAUAUGACUAGGCUUACAUAUAAUAACAUAGGAGAGGAAACACUUCCCAGCACCCAAACUGAAAGAACCAGGGAAGAAAAGUUUCAGCGAGAUGUUAAGGAGCAUGAGGAGAGAAGAGGAGAAGCUCUUUCUAGUUACACUUCUGUGAGGAAAAGAAGAAUGAAUUCACAUUAACAAAUUUGUUGAAAAAAAAAACUCUUACCACUCUGGAAUUCAUUAGUAUGACUAUGGAAGAAAACUGGAGGAAAAUGCACUGCAGGGGAAAAAGGAAAUGCUUCCCCAUUAGUCUCACAUCCCACCAGCUAUAAGGAGACAAGAAAUGGGAAGUGACUUCCCAGAAAGAGUUGUGCCUCGUUCGUAUAGGAAAUAAGGCAAAGGCAUAUGUGCCGGAUGCAUUUCCAUCAUCCCACCUAUUGAAGAAACUCUUCUCAGCUCCAAGUCAGCAAAUCAGGAAAUGGAAAAGAGCUCAAUCCAAAUGAAAAGGAAAAGCGAGAAGAAAAGGAUUUCUACUCAGACAUGAUUUACGCCUGAUAGAGCAACAGAUGAGUGAAAACUGUCACAUUACUGACUCUAUGAACAUGUGACACACUUCCCAGCUCCAUCGUGUUCUAAACAAAACGAUGGAACCAGGAAAGGAAAUGAGUCCCAGCUAGACAUUAAAGUGACCUACUAGGAAACACAAGAGGAAACGCAUCCUCAGUUAGACCAUCUCGUGGAAAAUAGAAAAUAGCUUGUAUUUACAAAUCUGUUACAAAAAAACAUGGCAGGAAAUGAUUUAGAAAAUCAGUUCCCACUUUUGUGUCCAUCAGUGUGGUUAUGGAAGAAAACUGGAGGAAAACACAUAACAGGGGCAAAGGAAACGCCUCCUGGUUAAUCUUAAAUCCUUCCAGCUGUAAAGAGACAAGAAAUGGGAAAUGAUUUCCAGAUGUUUGCACUUCAUGGAAACUGAGAAUGGGGAAUACUUUACAGCUGUGUCUCAUUCAUAUUGGGAAAAAGGGGAGGACACCAGUCCUGAGUACACAUCCCAGCUACAAAUCAGCAGAUCAGGGAAACGGGAAAUAGCUCAUUCCAAAACAAAACGGAAAUUGAGAAGAAAAUGGGUUCUAUACUAGCAACAUAGCUUCCUAGCUUCUUCUUGUGGAAAACAAAUUGAGAGAACCAAGAAAGGAAAUAAGAACCAGUUAGACAUUAGUGCAUAUAAGGAAACACAAGAGGCCAUCUCAUGGAAAGUAGGAUAUGGCUUGUAUUUACAAAUUUAUUUUUUUUUUUUAAAAAAAAAAAGCUGUCAGGAAAUGUUUUAGGAAGCGUUUCCCACUUUUAUCUCAUUCAUUGCGGCUCUCAAAGGUAACUGGAGGGAAACACAAUGAAGUCCCACCAGCUGGGAGGAGACAAGAAAUGGGAAAUGACUUCCAAUGUUUGCACUUUGUGGAAACUGGGAAUGGGAAAUAGCUUAAUUUUUUAGGAAGUGCUCCCCACUGUUGUGUCAUUCAGUGUGGCUCAGAAAGAUCACUGGAGAAGAACACAUUGUAGGGGGCACAGGAAAUGUUUCCCAGUUAUUUCUCGGUAUCUUUGGCUGUUGAGGAAAACUCAAUAAUCAAACUUCAUGGUAGACUGGAGGAAGACAGGAGGCGAGCUAGAAAUUUCUAAUAAGACAAACUACAUCUGGAAACAAGAAGUAGAAAGCAUGAAAACAAAUUACUUAGUAACAAAUUCCAGUGGAAGAGUAGCUGGGAUGCAGGAGAUGAAUCUCUUUCAGGUCACUAUCUGAGUCUAAUAAGUCCAAGAGAAAGACGGAAUGCAUCCUAAUGACAAUAAACAAAUGGGAAUAGGUUAGGAAAUGUGUCCUAGUCUUAGCUCUGCCACUUCACUCAUAGUGGAAACUGGGGAAAAUUACAUGGAAACAGGGGAGGAAAGGCUGCACCUUAGUCAGUUUGAAUGAGAAGAAAACAUUUUCAGGUUUGAGAGAAAAGGGUGGGAAACAAGGAUUGGGAAGAAAACACUUCCCGGUUAUACCUCAGUGAAUUUAACUCAGGGCAAGAGAAAAAAGGGAAUGGGGGGGGUGGGGGUAAUUGAGUGGGAAGCAGGAAAGAAAACAACUUCCCAGCUAUACUGCUGUCAAUUUUACUAUAGCAGAGGAAGUGACAGGAAAACAGUCCGAAAACAACAAUCCUAUUAUAUCCCGUUUAUAUCAUUCAUCCAUGCAUCUAUUUUCAGACCUGC